AUGGCAGCUUCCGCUAGCUGUAGUAGUGCUGGCGCAGUGGCGGUGCCGUCGGAUCCCCCGUCAUCGAUCUCAUAUCCUGUACCAACAUCUAUCAAGGAUGGGUCUCAGACGCAGGCAAUUUACAAAGAGCGCGAGAAGAAGCGGCAGCAGCUCUGUGCUGGAAACCAACAGGUCUGGAGCUCGGGCCCAGUAUCGAUUACCAAGGCACUCGACUCCAGCAUCAAAAAGAACACGGCUUUCGUUAAACGUGUCAAACAGAGCAUCGGACAGGAUGCGCGCGAUGCACUGCUAAAAGACCUGCCUCUGCUCAAUCUCGAAAAGUACCUGCAGGAACUCAUUCAGGCGGUCCCGGAAGGAUUAUCUAGAUGCCUGACGGCCAAGGACUGCUUUGCUGCAGCCGAGAUUCUUUCGGCUUUUCACGUACGCUUUGGUGGCAAAGCGUUCAGCUCACCGCUCACCAAUGCACUCGAGCUCUCCCUGGCUCCACCCAGCAAGACUCUUUACCAGGAUGCAACAGCGGAGCAAAAGGAAAGGGACGAAGCUGCUAGAGUUGCGCGUCAGAGACAUCUUCUUCGCGCGGUCGGAGAACUGGCUCUGGUUAAGGCCGUUGGUCAUUCUUCUGAAAGUACCGGAGCGCCUUGGUUGUUUGAUGUGCUCAAACAUCUAUUGGCCACAGACAGGGAGCACUCAAAUGCGCCGCUUCUUAUUGCUAUCCUCAAAGGUCUCGGUCAAUCAUUCCUUGCUCCUCUGGAUACACAAGACGCCGCUUCUGGCCUGUCAGAUACGCUCAAUUCGACUCUCACUCUUGGCGAUGCCGUAAAUGUAGACCAGAUCCAAGCGAUCGACCCGUCCAGCGCGCCUCUGGUGUCCCCCGCAUGGCAGACCAAGUUCCGCGAAUUGAUCGAGACCUACUUUCGAACUUUAGUAAAUCGAAUUGUGAAAGAGCACCGACGAUUACAGGAUCACGACCGCAGGAACCAUGAAGCCUACAUCCGUUCCGGCCAGAUUUUCGAAGAUCGACAGCAGAGGUACGAACGCAUGACAAAGAGCUUCGAGCGUAUUCGCGAGUGGGGAUGUAUACUGUCCGAAUUGCUUGGUGUACCUAUGCCCAAGCUCGAUUCCUCUGAAGCCAGUAGCAAUUCCGUAGGACUCGGUGUCAAUCUGGACUCAAAAUCUGCCUUCGAUCGUGCUGAUGAAGAAUUUGUCACGGAUCAAAGUCCAUGGGAGGAUCAGGACUCGCAAAAGUUCUACCAGGAUAUCAUGGAUCUUGGCGAUGUCAUUCCACCCUCAAUCUUGGCGCAGACCACCGGGAUCGGAACGCAAGCAGAGAAUAACGGGGUGAAGGCUGACGAUGCAAAAGAGGCCGCCGUCGACACGGACGCAGCUGAAUCCAUCACAGCCUCCAGCUCGCCACAAAUUGACGCGGGGCCGUCGGAGAAAGGCCUAAAGGCUGGACCGGCCGCGCAGUUGGCGACUCUCAUGGCCAGGUUGUCCAAGAUGACCAACCGCAGCAUGAUCGACAGCGCUGCUGUUGACUUUUCCUUCAUCGCCACCAAGCCUGCUCGACAUAAGCUGGUCAGACACCUUGCUUCACUUCCACACAACCGAAUCGAUCUAGCUCCCUACUAUGCGCGUUUGGCAGCCGUCCUCUCUCGAUACAUGCCCGAUGUUGGAGAGGACCUCACUGCGGCUGUCGAGCACGAAUUUCGCAAUCUGCAACGUAAGAAGAACGCCGAUCUCACAGAAAAUCGUAUUAGGAAUGCUCGCUUCAUCUCGGAGCUCACCAAGUUCAAACUAACCUCCGUCCACGCCAUUUUUCACUGCAUCAAAACCUGCCUCGACGAUUUUUCUGGCUCGAACAUUGAAGUGUUAGCUUCGUUGCUCGAGGGCUGUGGGAGAUAUCUCUUGCGCACCGAAGAGACUUCGGCAGACAUGAGAAGGAUGCUCGAAUUGCUCCGUCGCAAACGAGCCGCUGCCAAUCUCGAUCAGCGUCAACUUCUCCUUCUCAACAAUGCUUACUAUCAGUGCAAUCCGCCAGAGCGCAAGGCGAUCGAGCCCAAGUUGCGUCAGCCGAUCGAGCUCUACAUUCGCCAUCUCGUCUACCACGUGCUGCAAAAGAAGACAAUCGAUGCUGUUCUCGUACAACUUCGCAAGCUUCCUUGGGACGACGCGGCCGUGCACGGUUGGUUGAAGGAUGCCUUUACUCGCGCCUGGCGUAUCCGAUUUUCCAACAUCCACCUCCUCGCCAUUCUUGUCUACGAGCUGGACUGCUUUCAUCCUGCGUUUUCCGUUGAGGUGAUCGACCAAGUGCUCGAAAACAUUCGUACCGGUAUGGAGGAGAACAUUUUCAAACACAAUCAACGCCGCGUCGCGACCACAUGCUAUUUAGGCGAGCUCUAUAAUUAUCGCCUCAUCAAUGGCGCCGUCGUGUUUGAACAGCUUUGGUCGCUGGCUACUUUUGGGCAUCCUAACGGACGGCCGUGGCCUGGACAGGUCGCGCCGCUCGAUGCUCCUGAUGAUUAUUUCAGGAUCCGAUUGAUCUGCACGCUGCUCGAUACGUGUGGUGCGUGCUUUGAUCGCGGAUCGCUGCGCAAGAAGCUAGACGACUUUUUGGUGUUUUUGAACGUUUAUGUUUUGUGCAAGCACCAGCCUCUUCCGAUGGAUGUCGACUUUAUGUUGACGGAGACGCUAGAGACAUUGCGACCAGAAUGGAAGUGGAAAAAGGUGUUUGCCGAAGCAGCGGAAGCACUGGAAGAAGUCAUGGCCGCCAAUCGGCUCAAGACGGCUCAGACGGAAGCCGAGGAGGCAAGCGAGGAAGGCAGCUCGGACGAAAGAGGGACAGGUACUAAACGUAGCGAGCAGGAUGGCGAGGCUGGCAACAAACAACGCAAAGCGAGGCAUGGAGCCAACUACGCAUCCAGCAACGACGAUUCGUCUAAUGAUACGACAACAUCGGCGUCGUCAUCGAUUUCGAACGGUUCGUCUUCAUCUUCGGAUUCGUCGAGCAAUUCUCACUCGUCAAGUGGUUCGGGUGGCCAAGACUCCGACGACGAGCAAGACGAGCUCAGUCGCCACCGAAUCGACGAAGAGCUGGCGAUUCGCAAGGAAGUCGAUGACGAGUUCGACCGCGAACUUGCCAAGAUGAUGACUGAGCGUGGAUCUUCUGGCUUCACAUCUGUGCAAGCUAACAAUGCGAGCGCCAGCACUCAACGCGCUAACCUCAUCUCUCGCACUGCCCUCCCAUCCGUCAACGCGGGCGGCCACGGUCACAGUCACAACAGCAAUCCGUCAGGUCUCUCCGAGAUCGGUCUGCCGCUCAGGCGAAAGCUCUCUGAACAGGGUGCAGAGAACGCUAAUCAAUCGCACAUGAAAUUUGCACUGCUCUCCAAGAAAGGGUCCAAACAAGUGACGCACGAAGUGCACGUUCCGGCCACUGCACCGAUCGCUAUCAACACGCGCACCAAGCAAUUGAAGGAGGAAGCCGAACGCAAGCAGUUGAAGGAAAAGGUGCUUGCCUACGAGCGCAAUUCGGAGUUUCAGCAGAGCCAGUCGGACCGGCCCCCUGCGAUGCAGUUCUUGCACCGUCCACACCAGCCACAGAAGCCACAGCAGCAAGCGCACCAUCAGAGAGAAGAGGCAGCGACAACCAAAGGUGGUCAGAAGGCUGUAGGUGGCGACUUUAGGAUUUGGAACAGUCCCGGCUUCUAA